CCUACAGGCCGAUUUAUGGGCCUUUAUGUGGGCUUUCGGCAAUUCGUUCUUGUAAGCUUGAGACUUCGAAGUUCGAAGCGCCAAAACUUUCCCCAAUUCCCCACUCCGACUCCUCGCUUGCGCACCGCCGUGAUGGAUGGCCGACCGCCGACCGCCUGCACCAUCGAUAUCAUCUCCGACGAAGAUGAAAACGAAGACUCAUCCUUGCAGGGCCCUCCAAAUAAGGCGUCGAAGAUGGAUGGAGAGGGGCACAGACGGGGAAGGCCGCCUUUAACCGUCGUCGUCAUCGACGACGGCGUAACUCCGCAAAAAGAGAAUCCAGUUCGCACGACCUAUUUCAUCCCGGAGACGCCUAUGUCUCCUGGAAAGCCCUUCGAUUCCGAUCCUUCCAUUGUCAAAUGCAGCCUUACUCGUGCCAAAGUAGCCAACGACUCGUCAGAAUUUUCUGGAGUUGGGCGUUUGAUAUGCUUGGAGUCAGAUAAUGAAUCUGAACUUGAUGUACCUUUGAUAACUACAAAGAAAUCAGGGACAGAUAUCAUUGCAUCAACAUCAUAUGAGAACUCUCAGGUACACUUAAGCUCUCAGAGAGUUGAAGAACUGAAAGGUUCAGGGGUAAUACAGGAUUGCUUCCCCAUGUAUGACCUAGUUCUUGACAAUUAUAAUAACAAUGAUAAAGAUCUUAUGAAGCAUGGCAGAGAUGGAAUAAUGGAUGACAACAAUGAGACACAGAUUAUUGGAGAGAGCCCACCAGAUAUUGACAACAUUGUUGAACAAACUCCAUUCCAGACUGGACAAUACAGUUGCUGUCAGGGCAUGUACAAUAAGGAAAAUAUCACUGUGAUAGAGAAUCACGAGGGUUUUGGGAAAACACACCAAAGAACUGAGGCUGAAGGAAGAAAGGGGCAACUUAAGGAAAAGAAGCUUCAUUUACGCGAAGAACGAAAACGACUAAAGCAGCAAGAAAAAUUACAGAAAGAAGCUCUUAAAACUGAAGCAGCCGAGGCAAAGAAAUUGGAGAAGGAGAGGCAAAAAUGGGGAAAAGGAAAAUUUGCACUGAAAUCCAUGAUGGCUGAGAUUGAUGCUAAAAUCAUUGAAAAUGGGUCAGUUGGUGGCCCUCUUUUGAUGAGGUUUGCAGAAAAAGGUCUCUCUUUUCGCAUAACCUCAAAUCCAAUUCAAAGAUCAAUUUUAUGGAAGAUUAAUGCACCUGAUCAUAUCACAGAGCUUUCACUUCUUGGAUCAGAAGUGCCAUACAUACUCCUAGUGCAUCAGGCAGAGGAAUUCUGUGACCUUGUGUCUAAUGGAUCCCUUUUUGCCAAUAUCCAGAUAGUUCAAAAUAAGUAUCCAGGUUUCACAAUAUGUUAUCUCACCAACAAACUAAUGAGUUACAUCAAGAAAUGUGAACAGGCUCAAUACAAAAAUCCAUCAAAUGUCUGUAACUGGAGACGCCCACCUGUUGAGGAGGUUCUAUCGAAAUUGGUAACUCAUUACUCAAAAGUUCACUCCAGGGAUUGCAUAGAUGAAGCAGAAGUAGCAGAAACCAUUGUUGGCUUAACAUUCAGCCUCGCUAAUUGUCAAUUUAGAAAGAAGCCGACUUGGUUGUCUGUACAUGCUAAUGGGACCAUUAUUCCGAAGGAUUUCAUUGACAGGAAGUUGAUCAAAGGAAGUGUCUGGCUGAAAGCUUUGAUAGCCAUUCCGAAGGUUCAACCGAGGUAUGCCGUUGCCAUUUGGAAGAAAUAUCCAACUAUGAGAUCCCUAUUGAACGUGUAUAUGGAUCCAACUAAAUCGGUACACGAGAAGGAAUUCCUGCUCAAAGAUCUAAUGAUAGAGGGAGCACUGGGCACGGAAGUAAGGCGGCUUGGCGAUGUUUGUUCGAAGAGAGUGUACAGGAUACUCAUGGCUCAGAAUGGAGGCAUCGAAACUGAUGAUGUCGAGCAAGGUGCUGAUUCUUUCCACCCUUGAUGACAACAUUACAUGGCAUGGAGAAGAUGGUUUUAGUUGAUUCAAUUUUUUUCUUUAACCUAGUAUUUCUUCUCAAAUUUUAAGAAGAGUUAGUACUGUUUUUUGUUGGUAGACUCUAGUUUACUAAGUUAACAUGUCAGCUGUAUCAAUCCAUCUAGAUAUUGGAAGUCUAUCAUGUUGCUUUUGAACCCUUAACAUUGUAUUAAACAACAACCACACCAGGUGAGCCAACUACGCCGUAGUUACUGAUCACAAGAUCAUAGCUAAUUUUUUCAAAAAUAUUUAUUUUGAAGCACAAGUCACAAACCUAAUUUUCGUAUUCG